UAUUAGCAAAGACGAGCCAGAAAUUCCAUAUCUCUUUUACCUUAACCCAUCAACACGUCUUCACAAUUCCAAAGCUCACUUCCAAUUCAUCAUUUUCUCUGUGUACAAUCCUAUAAUCCCACCGGAGUAGAAAAUGGGGGUCGAUUACUAUAACAUACUCAAGGUUAAUCGCAAUGCCAGUGAAGAAGAUUUGCGUAAAGCGUACCGCCGCUUGGCGAUGAUUUGGCACCCCGACAAGAACCUCGGCACUAACAAGUACGAAGCAGAGGCAAAAUUCAAGCAAAUCUCCGAAGCUUACGAUGUUCUAAGCGACCCACAGAAGCGUCAGAUCUACGAUCUCUAUGGCGAGGAGGCGUUGAAAUCGGGUCAAGUUCCACCACCUCCGCGAGGUGGACCCCACAACAUGCGAAAUCCCCAUCCUAACCCUACAUUCCGCUUUAAUCCUCGAGACGCCGAUGAUAUUUAUGCGGAAUUGUUCGGGUCCUCGUCGUCGGAGAAUAAUGGGCGGUCGAGGAAGUCUAGGGAUGCUUUUUUUAGGAGUACCACGAAUGGUGGUGCUGAAUUUUCCGGUGCUGGAGCUGGGACCUCCGGCACCGGUGGAGGGUUGAGAAAGGCGGCGCCGGUGGAGAAUGCGUUGUUGUGUAGUUUGGAGGAUUUGUAUAAAGGGGCUAAGAAAAAAAUGAAGAUUUCUAGGACUGUUCUAGAUGCUUCCGGGAAGCUGCGGACUCUAGAGGAGAUAUUGACCAUCGAGAUAAAGCCUGGGUGGAAGAAGGGCACCAAGGUAACUUUUCCUGAAAAGGGAAAUCAGGAACCUGGUAUUAUUCCCGCCGAUCUGGUUUUUGUUAUCGAGGAAAAACCUCAUCAUGUCUAUGCAAGGGAUGGGAAUGACCUUAUUGUCAAUCAAGAGAUUUCACUUCUUGAAGCUCUCACUGGAAGAACGCUGGAGCUUACGACACUGGAUGGGAGAAAUCUCAUUAUCCCAUUGACUGACAUUGUCAAACCUGGGCAUGAGGUAGUUGUCCCAAAUGAAGGGAUGCCAAUUUCAAAAGAUCCUCGGAGAAAAGGAAAUCUAAGAAUCAAGAUGGAUGUUAAGUAUCCAUCAAGGCUCACAGAAGCACAGAAAUCUGACCUCAGGAGAGUUCUUGGAGGAUCUUCAUGAGUCUUUUGGUUCUGAUUGCCAGGGGUGACCAUAUUGAACACAGGUAUUCAGAUUGCCAGGGGGUGACCGUAUGAACACAGGUAGAUAGUGCAGAUGUUGGAUGUAAAUAUAGGACAUGCUUGAAAUGGAACUGUGAAUACUAGCAAGGUCUAAUAGUUUGAAUAUUUAGGGGCAAAAGGGCAAAAAUGGAAAUUUUUUGGAGUUUGGGUGGUGGAAGGGUUGAUUUUUCAUUGGUUUGGACAUGCCCCUUCAUAUCAUUAUUUGCUCGAAAGAAUAUAGAUGACGUUAAUGCAAGCUCUUUUGUUCUGUUGCUUGUGAUUUUAGGUCUGAUCAAGAAGCAAAUGCACUGGGAUCUUGCAUUUAUUGGAUUCCAUGCUGAUUACAGCCGUUAUAUUUUGGCAUUGAGCAACAUUUCUACUUUUGUCCCUUUAGAAAAUCCUUGGGUUCUUUUAGUUUUCUCCCUCUUCUUUGUUUCUUUUCUUUUUCCUGCUAUCGUACACUGAUAGCAGAUUACAGACAUCUUUAAUUAAACUUAUUACAUAGUUUUCUAAGCAGUAGAAUUUUUUUGGUUAAUUUGUUUCGGUUUGUUUUUACCUUUUCUGGGGUGUUGCUAUUAUCCUAAACCACAACUUGAUGCAACCUCAUUAGAACACUUGCUAGGUUUUUCCACACGUAUCAUGCGACCUGGAAACUGAGGAGCUGUUUCUAAACCAACACAGGUACAAGGUAAAUAAGGGUGGAUGUAUACAUUGCGCUGGAGCUCUUUUGUGAUAUUUCCUCAGAUGGUCUUGACCGCUUAAGAUUGCAAAGAUGGUGUUGAGUGAAAGAAGUGCCUAUAAUUCUAUGUGAUUGCAAUUUUUGUCCCAGAUUAUAGUAGCUGAUUCUAUGUGAUUUGGUGA